GUCACCGGAAGCUGUGCAAUUCCCCGUGAAUAGCUUUACAAUGUGUGGACUUGGUCUUUCCUAAGCCUUAUGAAAGUAAAGUGCGCGUCGCCCUUGUAAUCAGUCAGACAAGCAGGCGGUGUUGCAGCCAGUUUCAGAGCUACAACAGAGCUGUCCGGCUCAGAGUGUCACUAUCCUCGGGCGUCAGAAAGGCUCCAUCCCGCCUCCUCUUCCUCCUCCUCCUGUGCACGAUUCCCAGCAUGUGGACCUGCGUUCUCCUUGAAUGACCUACACACCAACCUAAAGAACACGUUGUGGCUCUGUUGGCACCUGAACAGCAGCCGGGUUGGGUUGCAACAUCUAAAACACAGCAGGUGACGAGCCAAACAAAGCGAGUCCCAUGCAGGCUUCUGGCCGACCUCAGAACAGCUGACCCGGGCAACAAACCACAAGCAGGACAGGUCAGACGGAGCGAACUGGAAGUCAGGGUGAAAGGUCAGAGUUUAGGCACACACUGGAGGAUUUACUACGGUUUCCUGACAUUACAUGAUGUACACAAUCACCAGAGGUCCCAGCAAACUUGUUACACAACGGAGGACAGGUCCCACACAGCAGAUCGAGAGCAAGGUCAGCGACUUGAAGCUAAAGCCCACCUCUUGGCUCGCCUCAAACGCUCCGCCCCCAAAGAUUGUCUUCAAUCGGGUCAACGGGAAGCGCCACAACGGGACAGCCACACAGAAGAGCCAGAGCCUGGCUGCGGAGGGAUUCACACCUGCGCACGAGGAGAACGUCCGAUUCGUCUAUGAAGUAUGGCAGGAAGUGGAGCAGAAGCUGGAGCACCGAGGGGAGUCAGCUGACAGCAAGGGGCCUGUUCAGUACACAGAGAAGACCCCCUGUACUGUAAUGAAGAACUUUGUGCCUAUAGAUCUGGAGGAGUGGUGGGCUCAGCGCUUCCUCGCCAACCUGUCAUAACCGUACGAGAGCGUGCACUGAGACAAAGCCUGCAUCGGCGCUCAUUGUGAGGUGAGAGGAGACGGGCUCGUCUCCUGAAGCUGCAGAGUUGUGCAUAUUUUGGAAUCUUGAGUUUAAAGCCCUGUGCUUUACGCUGCUGUAGACAAAUCUGGGUGCACAAUAUAAACUUGUCCCUCCCUGAGCGGAGCAGCAGCGACCUGAAUGUGGACUUUGACAGAACCGACCUCAUGUUGUGCUGCAUUAAAGGACACCUCUAUACUUGAACAACGUAUGAGAAGUUGUGAGAUUAUUCUCUUCUUCGAAUAUGCACAGCUCUGUGUUCAUUUUGGGUGUUUGGACGUGAAGCUUAAAAAAGUAAAAAUGUUUUUCAAAA